UUCUUUGGUAAGUUGGUUAAGGCCCAGCUGUCAAAAGGCUUUCGAACAAAAGAUUGAUCGUUUUUCUCUCUCUCUCUCUCUUUCUUUUUUGGUUUGUGUGAAGCUGCUGGCUUUAAAAGAAAAAUCUUACUGGGAAAUGACUUUUAAUUUAAUUAUUUGUUAUCUAAACUAUUAAAGGGGAGCUGUUUAGCGACAAUACAUUUGAUUUCAAAGAUAUCAGUGACCUUAAAACACGUUUUUCCUCUUGCAGCGAAGUUUAAAGCACUCACUUAGGUGUGGGGGAUUAAGGUACUUUAACAAGCUAAGAUUUUUCUCGUCAAUUUUAAUGCUUGCUUUAUGACUUCGAAGAAUCUAAAAAGUUCUUAAGAACAUCUAACUGCCCCAAAAAUAAACCUCUCAAUUCAGCUUUCAUACUGACCUGAACUUUUUAAAAAAAAUCCCAACUGCAGAUAUUGGUAAAUCUGAAAUUCCAAUUUGCCUCAUUGAUUAGGGUUAGCCUUCCCUGGCUGUUAAUGAAGACUGCCUCUGCCUUGAUUUAGGAAACUUCUUUUCUAUUCCUGAUUUCAAUCCGUUGUCAAAACUUUGAAAAGAGUAAUGAGUUUGCUUCUUAAUUGCUCCUGUCUUCCAGAAUGUGCUCAUCAGCCACUGUAUUCCCAGGCAGGGAAAGAGUUAAGAAGGCAAGUCCUACCUUCAUUCCCACCCUUCCCUGCCUUACAGGCAUUUCCACUUUUGCAGCAUAGAGGUAACCCUAAUUAAAUGCCAGAGCCCAAGUCCUUCUAAAAGGGCGCGGAGGGGGGAAAGGGACGUUUCCUAAGGACCAUUUUUAUUUUAAUCUAUUAAAGAAAAUAAUGCUUUCUGUUUUCCAGCAGGCCCCGCCUGCUAUUGGCCAAGACUGGUCAUGUGACCAGGAAUUUGGCUGCAUUUUCGCCCCAGUCUCCAGUUUAAUAGAGCAAGGUCCCCAUACGCCUGUAUUAUCAGCAAUAUAACAAUUAUAAAAGCCCGAGAAUCGUCAUCAUAACCAUAACAAUAAAAAAACUGGGGCCCUAAGAUUUCCUCCCUCCUCCUUCUCCUCGUCCCCCUCCCUUUGCCACUGGGCCCUGGAAAAGCCAUGAAUUUUGAAUUUGAGAGGGAGAUCGGGUUUAUAAAUAGCCAGCCUUCGCUCGCAGAGUGCCUGACGUCUCUUCCCGCUGUCCUGGAGACAUUUCAAACUUCAUCAAUCAAGGACUCGACAUUAAUUCCACCUCCUUUUGAGCAAACCCUCCUCAGCCUGAAUCCUUGUUCCAGCAACCAGGCGAGACCAAGAAGCCAAAAAAGAGCAACUCAUGGCCUGGUCCAGCAGCGCCCAAUCCAGUUUGGCCCUUUGGCUACAGAAUUCCCCUGGAUGAAAGAGAAGAAAUCAGCCAAGAAAGCUACUCAGACUCCAUCCUCCUCUUCCUCUUCGCCAUCCUCUUCCUCCUUCCCGGGAUCUGCAGCUGGAUCUCCUGCAGACACCCAGGGGCUCCCAGAGGCCAGCGCGGGCGGCUCCCGGCGGCUCCGGACUGCCUACACCAACACCCAGCUCCUGGAGCUGGAGAAGGAAUUCCACUUCAACAAGUACCUGUGCCGGCCCCGGCGGGUGGAGAUCGCGGCGCUGCUGGACCUGACCGAGAGGCAGGUCAAGGUGUGGUUCCAGAACCGCCGGAUGAAACACAAAAGGCAGACCCAGCACCAAGAGCCCUCCGACGGGGACCUCGGCUGCCCCAACCUGGAGGAAUGCAGCGACGAGGCGGACGAGAGCUCCCCGUUUGGCCAAGCCCUGGAGACCCCUUGCCCUUUUCAAACCAAAAACCAGGCGAGCCAGGAGCCGCCCAGCGCUCAGCAGCUGCCCCGGAGCCCCGGCUACCCAACGCCCACCGCAGAGCCAGGGUCCAUAAUGGAGCCGAGCGGGGCAGCGGGCAGCGUGGACAAUGCCUUCCCGGAGAGGCAGGAGUCUCCUUUGUUGCCAGAUCUGAACAUCUUCGCGACAGAUUCCAGCCUCCAGGGCUCCCUGCAGAGCCCCGUCCACUUCUCGGAGGAAGACCUGGACUUUUUUACAAACACAUUGUGUACUAUAGACCUGCAGCAUCUGAAUUUCCAAUAACAAGUCCCACCCGGGUCUAUCUGCCUUGGCUGUGUCGCCCCUUCCACACGCACCUCCACCAGCUCCCCACUUGACACUAGAAUAUUUCUAUAAUGUGGCCAUGUGCUUUCUCAUACCCCUUCUCCCCUCGUCCCCUUUCAAAUUCGUUCUAAUGUGGAAGCUAGAUCAUAAAAAUGGCCCAUCCUUUAAAUAGUUAUUCCGAUAGUCUCAAAUAACAGGAUCCUCCUAUGUGUUUACUAAAUUCAGGUAUUUAAUUAUAGUUUUAUUCUUUCGUAUUUAUUUAAAAGAAAAGAUACACAAGCAACCCCCCCCCCGCCCGUCACAACCCCCACCCCCCGAGAGAAAACAUUUGUAAAUCCUUCAAGUGACUUUCUCAGGAAUCCGAACGAAACUUUUAGAUUUCUUAAUAAAAAUAAAUAAUAAUAAU